GGUACAGUUCUGGCUGUGAGCGCUUGAUAUGCUGCCGCAGAUGACGGACCGCAGGCUUGCGCCUCCUGUGCGCGCACAUCCCCGAUCACUCUGACACACACGCACGCACACGAACCGACAGUGGCUGUUUUCGCCUCCUGGUCUCCGGAAUCAGAGGAGCUUUGGGAUUUAGCAGCCGGUGUUCUCUCGUUCAGGCGGCGGUGUGUGAGGAGCUGCGGAGAUAAUUGGUGGUACUAUGAGACGUGUUAUAGGGAGAAGUCAGUCCCUUCCACCUUGUAUCCGAUCUAUAAUGAUGGGGAUUUAAACACGAGUCUUCACUUCUCCUCCCAGGGACCUUCCUCUGCAGCCAUUCUCUGAUCACAGGCCUGGCAUCUUUCAUCCAUUCAUCCCUCUCUCCAUUCAUUUUUGCCCUGUCAUGAAAGGCCUGUCCAGUAGUCGGAGUCACCAUCAUAUGGUCUCCUAUGAGCCAUCAUACGAUCCAUUGGGUCACCAUGUUGACCGUAAGCCAUAUUUGUUCGGCCAGAUGGAUAUGCCAUUGCCCAUUCCUAUGCCACACCCAUCUGAGUUGCCCUAUUACAAUGCUCAGCGUGUUUCAUACCCUUCUGAAAGCAACAGCAUUGUCCCAUAUGGAACCUUCCCACGGAGGUGUCACUCCACCUCCUCAGCUCACCAUCCUGAGGUAAAGGAUGAGUGUAUGGCCAUGGUGCCCUAUGUAGGUGGAGGAGGAAGAGGGGGAGGAGGGGGAGGGGGCUAUGGGGGUAAAUCUCAGUCUUGGGUACCAGUAAAUUUUGCGGACCCAUAUGAGCAACAGCCGAUAUUUUCCAGAGAUGGCUACCACACACUGCAGUACAAACGAGGAGUGUUGUCCCACGCUGGGGGCAUAGGAGCCAAUGACAACAAUGACAGUCCUGGGCGAAUUCGCCAUCUGGUCCACUCAGUCCAGAAACUCUUUACCAAGUCACAUUCAUUGGAAGGGCCCCAACACACUCAGUCAUCAAAAGGGCCAACUAAUGGGAGUGUGUAUGGUAGUGGUGGAGGAGGUAGCAGUGGCGGUGGUGCAAGGGCCAGCCCAGAGGGUGCAGCUCCUCCUGGGGCAGUGCGCCACCGGAAGCGCAGCAAGAGCCGUGAGCGCUGUCGAUCAGCAGAGCCCAAACAUCGAAGCUACCAUCAUCACCACCAUCCCCAGCUUCAUGGCUCUGCAUCUGCUCCAGGGUCUGGAUACUGGAGCUCAGAUGACAAUCUGGAACGGGAGCUAUGUCUUUACCACCCUCAUCAUCACCAACCUCCACCCUCACCCUCCCUCUCUAUUUCCCCCUCACCUAUUGCUAUGACAACAGUCCAGUGCCCUGGCAACAACCCUGAUAAGUAUCCUCAGACUCCCCUCCCAAAUCUCUCCUCCUCGCAGUCCCAACACUACUUCAUCAUGGACCCCUAUGGGACAGUUAAUGAGCAUGCACACACCCAUGCACGCCACGGCCACACUCACCACCACUCUGCACUCAAAGCCUCUCGGAGCAACAGCGAUGUGAAAUAUACAGCUUCAUCUGCAUGUAUGCCAGUUAGUGGUAACAGCAAUAAGAGCGAUGGCUGUAUCGGUGGAGGAAGUGGCCCCUUGCUGCCACUGGGUCUUGUGGACGGGCCUGUUGAGAAGAAAGGGGCAUGGUCAUCAAGCCUAACGGUGAGCAGGGCCCAAGAGGUCUACACCAACACCAGCAGCCACAACCAGCUACGAACCAGCGCAGGAUCCGGUAACCUAAACCUAGAUAGAGCUCUAGUCAAAGCUAAGGGCAGUCAGCAGCAGGACCCUUCUUGCCAAUUCUUACAGGUACCUCAAGAUGAGUGGAGUGGUUUUUCUCCUCUGGGGAAAGAGGAUGACAUUCCCUGUCGAAGGAUGAGGAGUGGCAGCUAUGUGAAAGCUAUGGCCGAGGAUGACAGCGGAGACUCUGAUGGAAGUCCCAAACCUUCACCGAAGAUGCAGGCACGUCGUGCCAGCUACCUUAAAGCUACACAACCGUCACUUACUGAGAUGACCACACUACAAAUUUCUACAGAGCAUUCCCCCAAACUGCAGAUCAGGAGUCACAGUUAUUUGCGUGCUGUGAGUGAGGUUUCAAUCAACAGAAGCCUGGAUACACUGGAUCCUAAAACUCUCCUUGACCCCAAGUCACUGCUGUCUUCACCCCAAUACCGGUCACGCAAUGAAAGCUACAUGAGAGCCAUGAGCACCAUCAGUCAGCUGAGUGAGGUUGAAGUAAAUGGGCAGAUUGAGCAAGUGUGUGAGCAAGUCUAUAGCGAGAUGCAAUCUCAAGCUAUGGAUGCAGGCAUGGAUAGCUUGGAAACUAUGGACACCCUGCCUAUGCCAGGUUGCUUCCGUAUGCGUAGCCCCAGUUAUGUGAGGGCAAUUGACCAAGGAUGUACCUCAGAGGAUGAAGGACCAGGAGGAAGACCUCUGCUGCUACUUCCAUCCUCACCACCACGCACAACUGCCACAACUGUCAGGACCAUCCAAAGCAGCACAGUAUCGUCUUGCAUUACUACCUAUAAAAAAACCCCUCCACCAGUGCCACCACGAACCUCCACCUGCUCUACAGCGUCCAAGCCAUAUAUCUCUAUCACAGCCCAAAGCAGCACAGAGUCCGCACAGGAUGCCUAUAUGGAAGAUGAAGGGCCCAGAGGAGACAUGACAAUCCAGUCAGGUCUCAGCAACUCAACGGAAAGUAUUGACAGCAUGAAGGCCUUGACAGCUGCCAUUGAAGCUGCUAACGCUCAGGUGCAUGGACCAGCCAGUCAACAUGUGAGCAACAGCACGAUGACAGUCAGCACUGCCAGUUCGCCACACCUCAGCAGGGGGCAAGUUGUAGAAGAGCAUCGGGAUGAAUACAGAAAAGAAGCACUCAGGAAGGGCAAAUGUCUCUCCAUAGGCAUCCAGGUAGAUGGACCAGAAGAGAUUCCAGAUCCAGAAGACCCCUCCAAGUUCACGUCUGUGGGGGUACAAGUGGAGGACGAUCGAGGAUAUCGAAGGCUUCAGCGCUCCAACAGCGUGACAGCAGCUGUACAGGCAGAUCUAGACCUGCCAGACCUCCUAGACACUCCCCUGGACUCUCCACACCCUCACAGAGGACGUCUGGCCUCCUGUGGCAUAUCUCGGAAGUAUUCCCGUGAUGCAGCCACCUCCACUGUCAGCAUUCAAGGCUCAGGGAACCAUUACCAUGCCUGCGCCUCAGAUGAUUACGAUGAUGUUGGUUUUGACCCGUCCAUCCUCCCCCCGCCUGACCCCUGGAUAGAUACUGUUACUGAUGACCCGCUUGAUGCAGACUUCAACAGCUCUGCUAUUCUGGAGGUGGUACAGCGGUCGGUCUGUCAGAGAGAUGGACGCUGGUUCCUGAAGCUUCUUCAAGCUGAGACCGACCGCAUGGAGGGAUGGUGUCGGCAGAUGGAGCUCGACCAGCGGGAGAAUGAGUUGCCUGAAGAUAUCCGGGAAAAGAUGAGAACUGCUGUUGGAAGUGCUCAACUUCUCAUCUCCCAGAAGUUUCAGCAGUUCAAGGAGUUAUGUGAAGAGAACCUGAACCUCAGCAUCCAUCCUCGUCCUGCAGCCUCAGAUCUAGCUGGUUUUUGGGAUAUGCUUCAGCUGUCAAUUGAGAAUAUCAGCCUCAAGUUUGAUGAGCUUCACCAGCUCAGGGCCAACAACUGGAGACCGCUGGACCCUCCUGAUAGAAAGGAGAGGCGACUUCCACCUCCUGUGCCAAAAAAACCACACAAGAUGGUCCCCCACCACCACCCACCACUUACCAGAGACCGUUCACUGGAGAGCUCAGAGAAGCAGCGGCAGGAGGCAAGAAAGAGGCUGAUGGCUGCCAAGAGAGCAGCAUCUGUACGCCAGAACUCAGCAACAGAGAGCGCUGACAGCAUUGAGAUUUACAUUCCUGAGGCUCAGACAAGGUUAUGAAGACAUUAACAUGGACAUAUUAUGGUUGGCAAAAAGUACCCAGCUGCUGCUCAGCAAUUUGACUCAAAGCUGACUGAAAGGAACUGCAGUGAAACUGUCAAGAAGUGGCUUUGUUACACUCCAGAGUGCGAGGAACGCAUCAAGGAACCAAAGCGACACCAAUCAGAAUCAAACAUGGGUGACCUCAACAUAUACUGGUUCAUACAGUACAAGUUUUAACUGCAUGGACUCUGCUCUUCCAUGGGCAACAGAUUGUUGUUCUGAUAGUCAAAAAGGAGUCAAAAAUGUUUACAGAUCUGUCUGUUUUCCUAGAUAUGAUGCCAUGUUGUCAUUUUUGAAAAUAUGCAAGUCAGACAAUUUUGAACAACACAAUAACCAUCAUCUACCAAUAAAAUUGUGUGUUUAACACCAGUGAAAAAUCUUUUGUGAUGUUAUGAUGUAGAACUAUCAGACCAAAAAAAUGUACAUUAAUCAAUACUGAUUCCUUGACUUUGAUUCAAUAUGAAAUCAACACAAAAGUGCAUGUACAUCCACACUUAAAUGAUGGUUGAAUCAAUAUUGACGUAGUGUCAGUUAUGAUUGAAACCCAAACGUUGAUUCAACAUAUAAGACACUGACCACUUUCAAUAUCAUUUCAAUAUCAGGCUUCAACAUAUAUUCAAUCUUUCAGCCUAAUGUUGUUUCAAUUGAUUCACUGAUAUUUUAGUGUCUGAGUUGGUAAAAAUUUAUUCUGUUGCAAUCGGUGGGUUGCUGGUUUGAUUCACUCUAUAUCUGUCUCUGUCAUUGUGCCCUUGGGCAAGACACUUCACCCUCCUGCUGCUGGUGAUCAGAAGACCUGGUGUCACCUCACCUCUGUCAACUGUGGCUGCUAUCAGUGUGGGAAUGUGUGUGUGAAUGGGUGAAUGACUGAAUGUAGUGGGAAGAGUUUUGAGGUCCUGUGGACUAGAUAAAGUAAUAUGCUGUCCAUUUACAAUUUCACCUAAAGUUUAUCCAUUUACAUUUUGAGAACUGGAGAGUUUAUAGGUGUUUUGAUCUUUUGCCCAUUAGGAAUUCUAAUGUUUCAGAAACAGGAUUUUUUGUUUUCAAAUGUCUAUAACUGCACAAAGAAGAAUUAGUUAAGCUAACUUUGCAGUAGGCUAUCAUGGUCCACAUGUGUACUUGCUUGCAAUAGAGAUGUCUUCUUUGACUCGCUUUGUCCAAAACUCAUGCUGAGAUGCCAACACUGCGGAAGCUCAACUUUGUGGUGGCAACAUGAAUCUCCUGCAGAACAUGGCAGGAUCUUGUUGAACUCUUGGAUGUCACCAAGCCUUCAGAAAUGAGUUUGCUAAUUUGUUUGAAUUAUCUGAGCUAAACACUGUUUUGUACACAUUUGGUAUGGAUCCCAGUCCUUAAACCUGUGGUUAGUUAGUAUUUAUCAGUAGCAUUCAUAAUCAUAAAAUUAUCUGAUUAUUUAGUAAUUCCGAAAAAGAAAAAAAUCACUACCUUCUUAAAGGUGUUUUCUGCUUCACCAAUUGUGAGAUCCAAAAAAAGAUGUUAUCCCACUUUAAACCACAAGGUGGCAGCAGUGCGAUGCCACAGUGCUCCAAGUGUUUUUUAUCCAUUUGAAACUUUUCUCUAAUUUGUGCUGUUGGAAAUAAAAUUGUGGUGAAAUAAUUGCAAUAAUUCCCCAUACUUGUAAAUAUUUUAUUAAUAUUAAUUAUUACUAAUAAUUUGCUUGAAUUAAUAUUAAUUAAUAAAAAAAUAUUUGUGGUACAGGAAAUGAUUGUAUAAAUUUGCAUUCUCUGUAAAGUUUCUGAGCUCUUCAGUUCAGGUAACUGGUCCCGUUAGUAUAAUAAAUUUUACCUGUUUCCAGA